AGUAGCGGACCCGGAACUUUCUCGUAGCGACCGUCUUCUUCCCCGCCCGGCGACUCUUACUCCUUUGUUCUCAGUUACCGAGAAACAAAAUUAUUAGUUUCAGAGUACUUGGAUUUCGAUGGCGAAAUUGAAGACCGAUUCUCCUCUCUCCCGUCGGAUCGUCCGCGCCUUCUUAGACUUCCUCGACUCCGUUGAACCUGCUCCAGGGGUUGAUCUUGAAGGCCUCGAGGUUGCCAGGGAAUGUUUGAUGGAUGUUUUCAAACUUGAUUCUGCUUCUGUUGAUGAUGGUGCAAAAACUGAUGCUUUAAUUGAUAUGUUCAGCUCGUUGGAACAAAGUGAACAUCACAAAAUUAAGUCGGAUAUAAGUCAAAUGGGCACUUCAGUUGAUGUUCCCAGCUCAUCCUCUUCCCCCAAUUUUGUCCAUGGAAAUUCUUCAGAUGCAUCAAAAUCUCCGGGGGAGACUUGGACACAAGAGCCUGAUGCUAUUGGGGUCUCAAAAGAUGAACUCUUUGGGCAAUUCUUUGCUGCACUUGAAAAAAUCCCUUUUUUUAAGACCACUCAUGAUGGAAAUGAUGACCCUGCUCAACUGGAUAAGGCAACGCAAGUAUUUCAUGAUGCUCUAAAUGAGAUGGAAAGGUCUGGAUGUCAAGCAUAUGACCGAAAGAACCUGGCUGAAACAUUAAAAUGUCAAGGAAACAAGGUGAUGCAGUCAAAGCUGUACCGUGAUGCAAUAGAGUUGUAUUCUAUUGCUAUUGCACUUUGCGAAAACAAUGCAGUUUAUUAUUGUAAUAGGGCAGCUGCUUACACACAAAUCCAUGAAUACAAUGAAGCAGUUAGAGACUGUCUAAAAUCCAUUGAAAUCGAUCCAAAUUAUAGCAAGGCAUACAGUCGUCUUGGUUUAGCUUAUUAUGCUCAAGGCAACUAUAGUGAUGCUAUUGAGAAAGGAUUUAAGAAAGCCUUGCUGUUGGAUCCAAAUAAUGAAUCUGUUAAAGAAAACAUCCGGGUUGCUGAGCAGAAAUUGAAAGAAGAGCUUCAAGGGAGAGAACAGAAUCAGGUAAUAUGUACUCUCAGUUGCUUUGGUAUGGAUAUUAGGUUUUUAAUAACCGAAAUCUGAUGCAUGUUAGUUUAGUCUGAAGCCAUAAUAGCUAGCUGUUUAUGCAAUUUGACAAAUAGUCUCUAUCUUCAAAAAGAAAUGGGUAGAUGAAAGAAGGUUAAACCCCUAUUUUGGUCCCUGAACUAUUGUACGAACCCCCGAUUUGGUCCCUGAACUAAAGAAAUCCCUAAUUUGGUCCUUGAACUAUUGUACGGACCCCUGAGUUGGUCCCUAAACUAUUGUACAAACUCUCGAGUUAGUCCCUAAACUAUUGUACGGAUGCCCAACUUGGUCCCUACUGUUUACCAAUUUAACCCCAACUUGGUCCUUCUGUUAAAUAAUAGCUCAGAGACCAAAUUGGGGCGAAAUUGUAAACAGUAAGGACCAAAUUGAGGGUCCGUACAAUAGUUCAAGGACCAACUUAGGCCAAAUUAUAAACAGUGGGACCAAAUCGGGGGUCCGUACAAUAGUUUAAGGACCAAAUUAGGGAUUUCUUUAGUUCAGGAACCAAAUCGGGGGUCCGUACAAUAGUUCAGGGACCAAAAUGGGGAUUUAACCAUGAAAGAAAGAAGAUGACCGUGUAAGGGAGCAGAAGAAAGAAAGAUGUAGUAAUAAGCUUCGUGACAGACCUAACCUUUUCUCUGACCUCCAUUUAUUAACAGUCUCAAUUACAUGAAGGCAAUAUCUCUAAUGAGGGAUGCUACCACUGCCUAAGACUUGGAAUAUGUGACUGUUGAAACAAGGUUUUUAACAUC